UGUGUAGGAUGUCUCGUGAGUUGGUUCUAGUUAUAUCCAACAACUUGAAGGCUGGGUCGUUAUGUAAAGCGCUCUGAUCUCAGCGAUCUUUGCAUGAUUUGUUUUUGCGAAAGUACAAGGGUUGAUUGGUGACAUUCCCGAAUGAGGAUAAGGUUGCAACAUGCUGCUGAUGAUGAUCAGGAUACUACUAUGGGCCAAGUAUGGGCAGCUUUCGGGCCGGGAGAACUACAUGCAAGGGUAUCCUCGAGAGUGUUCGGGCUGCUGGAGUCGUGCUCCUGCUGCAGGGCCGGGUUCGUGUGAGUGGAGCAUUGGAGUCAAGGUUGCUACGUAUAGUAGUACGUUCAGUUAGACGCGAACUGGAGCAGAUUCGAAGGCUUCCCGGGGCCCUUCAGCGUAUGGCCAUUGGAGAUACCACACGCAGAGGAGACGUGACAUUCGGCAAAUGGGAAACACCACAAGAGGAGCCGAGUGAAACGGCGACAAAGGCACGUUGGAAUCGGCGUCGGCAUCCCGAGCACAGCCAUCCGGGAAAGGGCGGGAAUUUAACCGGUACCGCCAUAUACCAAAAAUGGGAAUUUCACGCUCAACCCCAACUCUCUCGGCAUUCUCACCUUCCAUUGUUUUGGGGAAAAACUCGGUUCAAACAAAGCACGCUUUGCCCAUCGACGAGCUCCGGGUCUUUUUUUUUUUUUUGAAAGGGUGGGGAUUGUCCGGCAAGUUGCUUUGGCUUCACAUCCUGUGAAGAUCCACACCUUUAAAAAGAACUCGCCACUUAUAUACAAAACAUUCUUCGAAAAAGCACCUUGUACUUCGUUCCUCAUAAACUAUGGCCGCUAGACAGUUGCAGGAGUACACCAAGGAGCAAGUUGCACAGGUUAGCU